AUGGGGGAUUCUGAACAUGGGCGUGGUGAAUUGGAUACACGUCCUAUCCCGGGAACCAUUCAUCUGGUCGAUCUUGAGGGUGUAAUGCGAGGGCAGCAUGCAUCUGCAUCUCGAAUACAAGACGUUGUCCUAGUUCCGUCACCAUCUAGUGACCCAGAUGAUCCAUUGAAUUGGAGCCCAAAGCGGAAGAUGCUAUCGACCGCAUGCAUGUCUAUGUAUACCUUGAUGGUUGGAAUAGCAUCUGCAGCUGUUUAUAGUGUCCUGGAGCCCAUAAGCAAGGACACUGGCUUGACAAUUGAUCAGCUGAACGCCGGCACAGGAUAUAUGUUCUUGUUUUUUGGGUGGGGAUGUUUAAUUGCACAGCCCAUAGCACUACAAUAUGGCAAGAGACCGGUGUAUCUAUUCUCCAUGCUAGCAACUCUGGGUACUAUGUUAUGGGUGCCGCAUGCUACAACCAAUUCUGCAUGGAUUGGAAGCAAGAUUCUACAGGGGGCUGUGGGAGCUCCUAUCGAGUCCCUAUGUGAAGUAUCGAUUACAGAUAUUUACUUUACCCAUGAAAGAGGUGCUUAUAUGGGGCUAUAUGCCUUUAUGCUGGCUGGAAGUAACUUUUUAGCCCCAAUACUUGCUGGCUUCAUCAACGACGGACAAGGGUGGAGAUGGGUGAUGUAUUGGUGCGCCAUCUUUCUAGCCAUCGGGUUUGUAUUCUGCUUCUUCCUGAUGGAGGAGACAAACUAUGAUAGAGCACCCCAGGAAAUGAAAAAAUCCGGGGGCAACACGCCUGAAGCGAUUACACCGAAAGAGGAGAUGAUCCAAGAGAAGUCCUCUAAUCCUUCAACGUCACUGGAUCCCGAAAAAGAUGCAACCAUUGGCGUUUCAAAAUCGGCCACAGAGACCAUAGAACGCGGAACCGUUCAUUACAAGCCGAAGACGUACCUGCAAAAGUUGUCGCUGAAGGACAAGAAACGAGAUUUCAGACUAUUCCGCAUGGUGAUUCGGCCUCUCAUUUUCAUAUCUCUUCCAUCGGUUGCCUACGCUGGGUUCUCGUAUGGUAGCAAUUUGAUCUGGUUUAACGUUCUCAAUGGGACUGCCUCGUUGAUCUUAAGUGCCCCACCUUAUAACUUCUCUUCUUCUAUGGUUGGAUUGUCGUAUAUUUCACCGUUACUCGGUGUAGCCUGUGCUUCGUUUUAUUCUGGUGUCAUAGGAGAUAGAGUGGUAUUGUGGCUCGCCCGACGCAACAAAGGCGUCUUGGAAGCAGAGCAUCGACUUUGGUUAUUCCUAUUAUCCGUCAUUCUCAUACCUUCCUCCCUGAUCCUUUGGGGUGUUGGAGCAGCUCAACACAUACAUUGGUUUGGCCUCAUAGUUGCCAUGUUCCUGAUUGCUGCUUCAAACGGCAUUGGUGUUCAGUUGUCUGUCUCUUAUUGUAUUGAUGCCUAUAAAGACUUGAGUGGCGAGGCCAUGGCAAGCGUGAUUGUCAUUCGAAAUACAAUGAGCUUUGCGAUGGGUUAUGGGAUCACGCCUUGGGUCACAAAUAUGGGUUAUCAAAAUGCUUUCAUUGUGGCUGCUUUUGCUGGUCUUGCUCAAGUCUUAACCUUCUUUGCAGUAGUAAAAUGGGGCAAGAGUUGGAGAAAUAUCACAAAGGGAAGAUACUACAGAUACUUGAAGGAAAGCGAGACCUUAGGAGUCACGCACUAG